GGGCGGAGGGAGCCGGGGCGGUGGGGCUCUUCCUGGUCAUGGCAGCUGUGCCCGCCCGGGCUGCGCUCGGCCGCGCUGGGAGCCGGCGGGGGAGCUGGCGCCGUGGUGGCAUGCCUCUGAGUCCGGCCCCCGCCCCUGCGGGCUCGGGGCCUCCCUGCUCGGGCAGGCGGAGGGAACAGCCGGCCUCACCCCGCAUUCUCCCGGGCCCGCAGGGGCGAGAGGGCUGGUGGGUGGUCGCUGGCUCAGGGCCCGGCGCCGGUCGGCUCUGGCAGCCGGUCGCUCUGCCUGGCGUUCACCCGGUGUCUGUGCCGUCCUGGGGCCAGGUGCAGGCCCGGUGGGGUUUGGCGCCGACCUUCUCUCCCUCCCUCCCUGCCUGGCGCCAUGGCCAUGAGGGAGCUGGUGGAACCGGAGUGCGGGGGCUCCAACCCCCUCAUGAAGCUGGCCGGCCACUUCACCCAGGACAAAGCCUUGCGGCAGGAAGGACUUCAGGGCCCGCUGGCCUGGCCCCCUGGGGCUCCCGGAGCUGCAGCCGUAUCAAAACCACUGGGAGUGGCCACUGAAGAUGAGCUGGUUGGAGAGUUCCUGCAAGAGCAGAAUGCCCCUCUACUGUCCCGUGCACCCCAGACCUUUAAGAUGGAUGACCUGUUGGCCGAGAUGCAAGAGAUUGAACAAUCAAGCUUCCGACAGGCCCCUCAGCGAGCUCCAGGUGUGGCAGCCCUGGCACUGUCUGAAAACUGGACCCAGGAAUUCUUGGCUGCAGCAGAUAGUGCUGGUGAUGUCUCUUCAGAUUACAAUGAGGCUGACUGGUCACAGGAGUUCAUUGCUGAAGUGACAGAUCCGCUGUCUGUGUCUCCUGCCAAGUGGGCAGAAGAAUACCUAGAGCAGUCAGAGGAGAAACUGUGGCUUGGGGUAUCAGAAGACCAGUCUUUGGCAGAUAAAUGGUAUGAGGAAUAUCAACCUGAGGAUGAUCUUAAGAAAACUGUUAGUGAUUUCCUCUCUAAAGUGGAUGAUCCAAAACUCAAGAAUUCUGAGGGGGCAUCCGAUGCCUGGGUGGAUCAAUUUGCGCGAUCUGGGAACAUGUCAACUCUUGAUACGGAAUUUGAGCAGGCAAAGACUGCUGUAGAGUCAGAUGUGGACUUCUGGGACAAACUUCAGGCAGAAUGGGAGGAGAUGGCCAAGAGAGAUGCAGAGGCUCACCCUUGGCUCUCUGAUUAUGAAGACCUCAGCUCCUCAUCAUAUGACAAGGGUUACCAGUUUGAGGAAGAUAAUCCCAUGAGAGAUCACCCGGAUGCAUUUGAAGAGGGGCGGAAACGCUUGGAGGAAGGUGACCUCCCCAAUGCUGUCUUGCUCUUUGAGGCUGCAGUGCAACAGAAGCCAGAUCAUAUGGAGGCCUGGCAAUAUCUGGGAACCACCCAAGCAGAGAAUGAACAGGAGCUCUUGGCAAUCAGUGCCCUCAGACAGUGUUUGGAACUGCAGCCUGGGAACCUAACGGCACUUAUGGCUUUAGCGGUCAGCUUCACCAAUGAGUCCUUGCAGAAGCAGGCAUGCGAGACUCUGCGGGACUGGCUACGCCAUAAAGCAGACUAUGCCCACCUGCUGGAGAAGGAACCAGAGGACAGUGUCUCAGGGACAAACCUGGGGCCUUCCAAGCGUGUCCUCGGUUCCCUGCUUUCAGACUCGCUGUUCAUAGAGGUGAAAGAGCUGUUCUUAGCAGCUGUGCGCAGCAACCCCUCAACUGUGGAUCCUGAUGUUCAGUGUGGCCUGGGUGUCCUUUUCAACCUUAGUGGCGAGUAUGAGAAGGCUGUGGAUUGCUUCAGUGCCGCACUCAGUGUGCGCCCCAAUGACCAUCUUCUAUGGAACAAGCUCGGUGCCACCCUGGCCAAUGGGAAUCGGAGUGAGGAAGCUGUGGCUGCAUAUCGUCAGGCGCUGGAGCUCCAGCCAGGAUACAUCCGCUCUCGCUACAACUUGGGCAUCAGCUGCAUUAACUUAGGCGCCCACCGCGAGGCUGUGGAGCACUUCUUAGAGGCUUUGCACAUGCAGCAGAAGAGCCGAGGUCCACGGGGACAGCAAGGUGCUAUGUCUGACAACAUCUGGAGCACCCUCCGCAUGGCCCUCUCCAUGCUGGGACAGAGUGAUCUGUAUGGGGCAGCUGAUGCCCAUGAUCUCCCCACACUGCUUCAGGCAUUUGGCCUCCAGCAGUGACUCUGGGAUGAGCUUCCCUGUGAGUGCAGGGCUCGCCCCGCCCAGCAGUGAUCUUCCUUAGAGAGAAAAUGUUCACUAGGGUUCACACAUACUUUUGCUCUGGUAGGGCAGAUCACUGGCAACUGUUUUUUCAAGGACCUCCCGCUGAAGUGUGCGACUUCCCCUACCUGUCCGUUGUGGCCUGAGCAUCUCUGAGCAGUUCAUGUUACCGCCUCCAUGACUGACUGACACUCUGCUGUGGUAGGCAGAUGAUCAAAGAGGGGAAGACAGCGACAUCCAGCCCUCUUGCCAGACUGCGUUCACAGUAAUGCCCAGCUCGGCUAUGAGAGGUUACAAUAGCCAUUCUGCAGAGACUGCCUGCUGCUGAAUGUCUCGAAUGCAGGUUGCUCUGGUGGGGUGGGGUUGCCAUUUGGUGAAAGGGUGAAAAAUUCUGGGUUUUGAGCAUGCUUCCCCCAUGUAUGUGCUUGCAUGUGUGUAUAUGUGGGUUGCUAGGGAAAACUGGGGCAGCCGUCCCCUUUUCUGGGUACUGGUAACUUUGUGGUACAGCCAGAUGCUACUUUCUCAGUAUCUCUUCAUAAUUCUUCUGAGAGCAGAGUAUUAUACUUAUGCUAGGGACACAGGUGGAGGCCCUUAGCCUGUCAUGGUAAGAGGAGAUCCCAGAGUUCAGACUUGGGGGAAUGUGAUAGGAACAAGUGUCUAAAAUGUAACCUCCCCUCCCAGAAUUAUGGUAGGGAAAGGGUCAAGUCUUAAUUUUCACUUGAUGGUCUGUCACUGUCUUCUGUGCAGAAGUUCCCCAUCUUGUCUGUAACUGAAUCUUGUUAAUUAUAAAUAUCUGUAUAUGAUUCUAUUGGGGAAAAUGUUUUUAAUUGUAAAGUAUUUUGUAUAAUAAAGGGGGGAGAAUUAAAAUUGCCAAAA